AUGAAAUUCCAUUGUGUUGAAUAUUAUUCUGAAGAAAAUCACAUUCAAAAUACAACGAAUGUUCGUUUAAUUAGGAGAAAAUUUUUAAAUUUGUUAUCAAUUACUGGAAUAUUGUUGGUCGUAGUAUUAAAUAAUAUAAUAAUAUGUGACAAAAGUGAAACAAAUGAUGCAGGAGUAUUUAAUAUAUAUAGAAGAAAUUUAUCUGAGACAGAAAGUGUAGAACAUUCAGGAUUAAGUAAUACUAGUGAAGACGUUGAAUUAGAAAAUGGUUUAGAAGAAAAUAAUAAUAAUAAUAAUAUUUCUUGUGAUUUAGAAGGUUCUAAUAGUGAAGAUGAAGUAAAAUAUAAUGAUGUUACAACUAAAAGAAAAUGUGAUAAUAUAAAUUAUAAUGAUUUAUCAAAACAAUUGACACUAGAAGAAUUACAUUCUGUAUUAGAUGAUUUAGAAAAAAGUACAACUAAAGAAGAUCUUUAUAACAUUUGGAAUCAGGUUUUGGGUAUAGCUAAAGAUGGAUUUGAUGGUAUGUUGACAGAAUUAUCAUAUUAUGUAGAAGAAUAUUUACAUGAAUAUGAAUAUGAACGUUAUCAUUAUUUUGGAGGUAGGAAACCUGUAUCUAUGAAAAAUGUACGUGAAACAUGGUAUAAAUCAAUGCAUGAUAUUGGAGAGGCACUAUCAUCUACAGAUGUGAAAAAUACUCUUGAUUUUUAUAGUUUUGUUAAAAGUGGAGCAUCAAUUGAUGAAAUGAAAAACUUUAUAUAUGAAUUUAUAAAGUAUUAUGAUACAUUAAAAAAUGAUUUAUUUAAUACACAUAAGAAAAUAUUUACAGAAUGGAUGAAAGAGCUCCAAGGAUUAGAAAAGAAAAAAACGAGCAAAAAUAUAUAG